UAAAGCCCCUGUGUGGUCCUUCAUCUCCAGUACUUGUAGGUCUAAUAAAAGAAAUUUCCCCUGGGUCCCACUAAAGACCUGGCUCUGUGUGCAUUUGUCUUAAUUUCUGCAGUACUCCAUAACUCAGAGAGAAGCAGGAAUAUGGUGCAUUAAUUCCUUCUCUGAGCACUGAGGGCUCACUUGUGGCCAAGAGAUAAGGUGAUUGCAGCACACACCCACGCCUGCCCUCUUCUCUGAGUGAUACUGGGUUAUCUGGGAUACCUGCCUGCUGGAGGGGGAUGGUCUGCCAGGGGCACACAUCCCUGAACGUAAAUAAAGGAGAUGAAAUAAACAUUUUCAUUCUUAAAAAAAAACGACUCUCGUCAGAAACUGCUUUGAAAUUCAUUUGGUUAAAAUGGGAACCUCUGGGAAAGUCAGAUGAGGAAAGAACUUGUUAAUAAGCAGCCUUGCACUGCUCCUGUUAUAUAGAGCAACAGUUUUACUCCAGCAGCUGAGGUUCUCUUCCCUGUGGAUUUGAGCCUCACUGUCUCAGGGGACACCCUGAGGAAAACAGGCGUGUGUAGAGACCAGUCCAGUGUUGUGAGACCAUCAGGAAGAGCAGUUGCAGAGUUCUUCCCUUGUCACACUGGGUUCUUACCCAUUUUUGCAGCAGUAGCUGUGUUUUCCAGGGCAGACUCCUUGUAGAUGCUUCCCUUCUUGCCACCACUGGUCCAGUAACACCAUGGUUGGCGUUGGGAAGGGCCUGCCCUGCCAUGAAUUUGAUUUAUCGAAUGAGAAGGCCCAGGUUUUCAGAUGUCAUCCUGGCAACAAUUUUGGCUACCAAAUCAGACAUGUGUGGCAAGAAGUUCGAGCUGAAGAUCGAUAACGUUCGCUUCGUUGGCCAUCCCACCUUGCUCCAGCACGCCCUUGGGCAGGUGUCCAAAACUGAUCCCUCACCAAAGAGAGAGAUGCCCACUAUGAUUCUGUUCAACGUGGUGUUUGCACUAAGGGCCAACGCGGACCCGUCGGUGAUAAACUGCCUGCACAACCUGUCGCGCAGGAUCGCCAUCGUCCUGCAGCACGAGGAGCGCCGCUGCCAGUACCUCACCAGGGAGGCCAAGCUCAUCCUGGCCAUCCAGGACGAGGUGUCUGCCAUGUCAGAAACCACAGAAGGGCCACAGUCACCUUUUCAUCACAUCCUACCCAAGUGCAAACUGGCCAGAGAUCUCAAAGAGACAUAUGACAGUCUCUGCACGACAGGGGUGGUUCGUUUGCACAUCAACAACUGGCUGGAGGUGAGUUUCUGCCUCCCUCACAAAAUCCACUAUGUUGCCACCAACUUCAUACCCCCAGAAGCGAUCGAGAGGAGUCUGAAAUCCAUCAGGCCUUACCAUGCCUUAUUACUAUUAAAUGAUGAGAAGUCAUUGCUUAAUGAGCUCCCUUUGGACUGCUCUCCUGCCCUGGUGAGAGUAAUUAAAACUACCUCUGCUGUGAAGAAUUUGCAGCAACUGGCUCAAGAUGCUGACUUGGCACUGCUGCAGGUUUUCCAGCUUGCUGCACACCUCGUUUACUGGGGAAAAGCAAUUAUUAUUUACCCUCUUUGUGAAAACAACGUCUACAUGCUCUCUCCAAAUGCCAGUGUCUGUCUUUACUCUCCACUGGCAGAGGCAUUUUCCUGCCAGUUCCGUGGCCACAACCUGCCAUCCAUGCUCUCCAAGUUCUCCCUCCCCGUGUCCCUCUCGGAGUUCAAGAACCCGCUGGCGCCGCCCGUGCAGGAGACCCAGCUCAUCCAGAUGGUGAUAUGGAUGCUCCAGCACAGGCUCCUGAUCCAGCUCCACACCUACGUGUGCCUGAUGGUGCCCCCGAACGAGGAGGAGCUCCGGGCCCAGGAUGAAGACAUGCCCUUCACUGCCAGGGUUGGAGGCCGGAGCCUGAGCACCCCCAAUGCCCUCAGCUUUGGUUCUCCAACCAGCAGUGAUGACAUGACUCUGACAAGCCCUAGCAUGGAUAAUUCCAGUGCUGAGUUGAUCCCUGGGGGGGACUCCCCCCUGAAUAAAAGGAUGACAGAGAAUCUCCUCGCCAGCUUGCUGGAGCACGAGCGGGAAGCGAUCCUGAACGUCCCCGCUGCCCAAAAUCCCGAGGAUCUUCGCAUGUUUGCAAGGCUCCUGCACUACUUCCGAGGGCGGCACCACCUGGAGGAGAUCAUGUACAACGAGAACAUGCGGCGCUCGCAGCUGCUGAUGCUCUUCGACAAGUUCCGCAGUGUCCUGGUGGUCACCAGCCACGAGGACCCCGUGAUUUCCGUCUUUCAGUCCCUCCUGAAGUGACUCUGCCGGCACAGGAAGGGAACCUGCCACGCUCUCCAUGUCUGGAAGAUGCCUGAAAACUGAAGGAGGUGAUUUCUUGCCACGUGGCACAGAGCAGGUUCUCCCCCUCCUCGCUGUCCCCCCCUGCUCCCCACUCUGUGCCGGGCUCUGGGCCUGCUGCAGGACAGCGCUGCCCAGCUGGCAUUCCUGCCUUGCCACGGGCACAGCCCUUCCCUGCCCCUGCUGCCCCCAGGGACUGUGAGAGCAGGACAAGGAGAGUUCCCCUGUGGGGCUACUGACAGAACAUCCCCUUCAGCUGGACAUGGGUGCAUCGAAAGUGCUUCCUCUGCUCUCCAGGCACGACUGCUGGGCCACUCAGCCACAUCCCCACAGCACAGCCUCUGCUCCAGGGCACAGUGCAGCUGGCCUGGAUUACAGGGGAAUGACCCUGGGCACCGAGGAAUUCUCUUUGAUCGUUGUUACCUGAGGACAUGGACAGGAAGGCAAAGUAUCACAAGUUUCAUGAAUGAAUGAGUGACUUGCUCAUUUUGUGUCUCAGCUCUUUCUUUCCUCAGUAUCUUGUUCCCAAGUGUCUCUUGGAGCAGGGCUGUCUCUAAGCAGCCUCUGUGCUCCUGGGUUUCCAGUUUUUUCUGGGGGUGGGAGCUGGGUUGUUGAGCAGCACUGAAAUGAGUGGCCAAGCUGCAAGUGCACGUGUUCCACACAGCCAGAGGCUGAAGCCAAGGGCACCUGGGCUUGUCCCCCAAUGCUUGUUGUGCCCUGCCAUUCUCCUCACCUGAGCGUGGCUGUGGGUGCUGGGAACCAGACUGGGAUCCUGGCCUGGGUUAAAGCUAUCCAGGUAAAAACGAUGUAGGGGUCUGUGUUUCCUGGUCUGGUUUGGGACUGCUCCUCCAGCCGUGCCAGGGCCAGAACUAGAGGUGACAGUGCUGGUCCUGGGGACAGCAGGACUCGUGUCAGCUCAGCCUGGCCUUGUGAGGCCCCUGUUCCCACAGCUGCUCCCUGCUGCGUGCCCAGGGAAGG